AUGACCAAAGUGCCGGCCACCAAAAAGUUACAGAGCGUCCCCAGCAAGAAGGCCCUCUGGCCUUCUGACGUCUCGGAUCAAUCCCAGGUCGCAGACAAGACAGUGAAGAACAUUAGGUAUAUAGACAAGGAAAUAAUAAACCUCAAAAAGGAUCUUGUACGAAGCCGCUUCCUGAUCCAGUGUGUGAAGAUAGGCCGUGGAUAUUUUACCAUACUGCGAGAGGAAAAUGCCGUGAAAAAGCGAGAACAGCAGCUCCAGAAGCUGAAGGAGGAAGAAUUAAAUAAAUUCCAACCGGCCAAGAAGUACUCAGAUAUCCAGUGCAGGGGCACUCUGAUGACUACCUAUGAGGAUGAGAAGUUAAAGAAGAUGGAGGCCGGCAUCAUUAUGCGUCCGUUCACGCCGGUCCACAGCUGCCUCAUGGCUCCCUCCUUGCCCGACUCUCACGUGGAUGCCCUCUACCGACAGCUGUGUGCGCUCCACUGGCUCCUAGAGGCCCUGACUAUCGACUACACCCACCAUACCAUGCGGCCCUUGAUUGCCUGUUGGAACCCCAAGGACCCAGGAGGCAGCAAGAGCACCAUUAAGAAGGUUAACAAGGACAAGUCCAUGGGGCAGAGGUGGGAUCACUUCGUCACAGCGCCCAAGACCAAGAAAUUCAAAAUCCCUGCCAUUCGUGCCAGCCGCAAACCCAGCCGGCGGGGCUCCACCCUGAGUCUGACUCGGACCAGUGGGGGUUCUUCUCCCCAGAGCAGCAUGAUUUCUGUGAACCCCGGCUCUGAUGAGCCCCCAAGUGUAGCCACCGGCAGCAAAGACAUCGAAGAUACCGAGUCAUGGUCCACUAAGCAUGAUGAGGAGACCCUCCUUAACCUCCACACCAACCUGCAGAAGCUCCUGGAGAUGGUCCGGGAAGACGCCCGAAGAACAGUCAUGAGCAUGGUGGACAAUGUGCAGAAGACAGCUCCCAGCCUCAUGUCUAUAGUCAAGCAAGCCAAGAGCGAUUCUGCGAUUAAGGAGUGGCAGACCACCCACAAGUCCAGUGAGAGAUCCAGCACUACAAGCGGAGAAAGCCACACCGUGGUGACCCAGAAGAAGUCAAAAGGCCGUGCUAACCGUGACAUCGUCCAUUGCAAGAGUGGAGUGUGUAGCACUCUGCGGGCCAAGUUUUACAGCGUAGCCCAGGAGGCCGGCUUCUGCCUACAAGACAAGCUGGAGAUCCUCAUGAAGCGCCAAGAAGAACGGGGUAUCCAGAAGUUCCACUCUUUUAUUCUUACCUCAACUUUCCAAAAGGAUUUAUCAAAGAUGAGGCACCGGGUCUCAAUGGUGAAGGGGGAUGCAGAAGAGAUUGCGGACCACUGGUACUUUGAUCUGUUGUCCAAACUCCCUGAAGAUCUGAAGAACUUCCGGCCUGCAAAGAAGAUCCUGGCAAAACUGCAGAAGUUUGGAGAGAACCUAGACCUGAGGAUCCGGCCGCAUGUCCUCCUGAAGGUGCUCCAGGACCUGCGGAUCUGGGAGCUGUGCUCCCCAGACAUUGCGGUGGCCAUUGAGUUUGUGAGAGAACACAUCAUCCAUAUGCCACAAGAGGAUUACAUCAACUGGCUACAGACCCGGGUCAACAUGCCCAUCCGGCAGUACAUCACCCCGGCAUGUACCUGAGGCCAGCCUGUGCUAUCACAUGGACACACAUCAUGGAGCAGUGAGGUCACCUGAAGACACUUCUAAAAAUAUGUUAGUCUGAGAUGAUGGUUCCAUGUGUCUCUCCCCCUCUUCCCCCAUCAGGUUCCCUGUCUCCGCUCAAUGUUCAACCCUGACUCUGCCAACUCUUCCAGGCUCCCUUACCAUACCCCUUUCCUAAAAAUCCUAUAUAAUAAAAUUGAGUUGGAUGUUUAACAACUGCCCAAGGAAGAGUUCAAGCUAUGGCAUUUGGGGGUGGCAGUCAGAUCUUAGGAGAACCAGUUAUCACUUGCUGAGCUUUUGCAUCGACAGCCCAGGGCUAUAUCACAUAAUUAUUUAUAUUAGCAUAUCAUAUGAGUUUCUUGAGUAGAUACUAAUGGUGUACCUAUUCCAUACCAUUGGAGCUAGAAUGUUAUUUUCAAUAUACAUAUAUGGUUUUGGAUGGAUGGACAAAUUGAUGAAUAAAUGAAUGGGUAGAGAGCUGGAUGAAUAAAUGAAUGAAUGGCUGGAUGGAUAAAUGGAUGGGUAGAUUAUAGAUGAAUAGAGGGAGGGAGGGAGAGAGGGAUGGGUAGAUUAUGGAUGGAUGGAGGGAGGAAGGGAGGGAUGGGUAGAUUAUGGAUGGAUGGAUGGAUAGAUUGAUGGAUUACAGAUGGAUGGAUGGAUGGAUGGAUGGAUGGAUGGAUGGAUAACUGCAAUGUACAUAAAGUGGCAUGUAUGCCACACAUGUAUAUAUAACUGUGCACUGACACGUUUCAGAAUCACAAAAGCACAGAGCCACAGUGCAGCAUUUACCGAUGGACCACUUCCUUCUAUGCAGUGUGCAAAUACUUGACGUGGAUCAUCUGAUUCUGUCUCCACAGCCCCCACAGGCUGGCUCUUUGAUCCUUCAUGCUCUGCAGACAGGGAGAGCGAGGGUCGAAAGAAUUCUUCAACUCUUUUUUUUAUUUAAAUUAAAUUUAGUUUUGCUUGUAUAAGUCUGUGUGUGUGGAUGUGUGUGCAUAUGUUCACAUAUAUGUGUAUAUACACAUAGGCCAGAGGUCAAUGUUGAGUGUGUUUUUCCAACACUCUCUCUCUCUCUAUCUCUCUCAGUUUGUUUUGUG